AUGGCGGCCGGAGUGGUGUCACCUUCUCUCGGUUGGGAGAACAAGAGGAAAGAGAGAGUGAAGAAUGAAAAGGCUGGUAAAGAGGAAACAUUUUUUGAUUCCCGAGCAUAUCUAGAUCCGGAUUGCGAGGACGAUUUCAUCAGUGUCAAUGGGGAUUUUACUCCUUCUCAUGGUAAUACCACUAUUCAUCAGAGCUUCUCUAUGGAGACAUCUCGAGUUAAUGGUAUCACCGAGAAUGGAUAUCCAGGGUCAGUUUCCGAAUCACCCCCAACAGGAAAGAAAAAGAAGUUGAUUGAACUUUUCCGAGAGAGCUUUAGAGAUGACCAUGAUAUUAGUGAGCUAAAUACCUCAAGCAACCAGGGGAUUGCCAAUGAAAAGACAGUCAAACCAACAACAAUCCAAGACAUACUACCUCAGAAAUCCGCAGACGGUACCCCUUAUGUAUCUGCAGCUAACUCUCAGUGCAGUAGUGAAAGGACUUCAAACGGAGAUAAUCCUAUCCUCAAAGAGAAGCCAAUUAGGUCUGUGCAACGUUGCCUUCCAAGCUUGGUUUCAUGCGGUAGUUUUAGUGAGAGGAAAAAGAUGGCCAUGUCAUAGCUGUUAACGAUAAACCUUAAUUUCCUGCUUUCCGGUUAGUAGAUUGAAGAAGCCCGAAUCUCGGUUCCCGGAGAUCAUUUGCUCGAGACGACCUCAACUUUUUUGUCAGCUUUAACAAAGAGUAGGGGUCACGGUUACACACAUAUGGGACUUUUGGAUUCAAGGCAAUGAAAAGCAGCCCAGUCCGAUCAGGAUUGUACCAUCUCAGUCAACUUGAUGAUGUUAAUUUCCUUUCAACAUGAAGUUUAUACAUACAGGUCUUCUGUAACAAAAAUGCAAAAGAAUCAAACAAAACUUU